CGCCGAAGCGAAGACGCCUCGAAAGGGAUGUCCCUCGCCGCAAAGGACGCUGCUUCGGCGCACUCGUCUGUCCUCGACCCCAAGUACCAUGGCGCGACCAACAAGUCGCGCACGGACGCGGCCGACCUCACCGUCUCCUCGAUCGACACGAGCAAGGAGAUGAUCAUCCGCGGCCGCGUGUACGACGUGAGCGACUUUAUAAAGCGCCACCCGGGCGGCUCGAUCAUCAAGCUGUCGCUGGGGAGCGAUGCCACGGACGCGUACAACAACUUCCACAUCCGGUCAAAGAAGGCGGACAAGAUGCUCCGCGCCCUCCCCUCGCGCCCCGUCGCGGACGGCUUCGCGCGCGACGCGCUCUCGGCCGACUUUGAGGCCCUGCGGGCGCAGCUGGAGGCGGAGGGGUACUUUGAGCCCAACCUGUGGCACGUGGCGUACCGCGUGGCUGAGGUGGUCGCCAUGUACUGGGCGGGCAUCCGCCUCAUCUGGGCCGGCUACUGGUUCCUCGGCGCGAUUGUCGCCGGCAUCGCGCAGGGCCGGUGCGGCUGGCUGCAGCACGAGGGAGGUCACUACUCGCUCACGGGCAACAUCAAGCUGGACCGGCACAUGCAGAUGAUCAUCUACGGCCUUGGCUGCGGCAUGUCCGGCUGCUACUGGCGCAACCAGCACAACAAGCACCACGCCACGCCCCAAAAGCUCGGCGCCGACCCGGACUUGCAGACGAUGCCGCUCGUCGCCUUCCACGGCCUCAUCGGUGCAAAGGCGCGCGGCGCGGGCAAGUCGUGGCUCGCGUGGCAGGCGCCUCUCUUCUUCGGCGGCGUGAUCACCACCCUCGUCUCCUUCGGCUGGCAGUUCGUGCAGCACCCGAAGCACGCCCUCCGCGUGGGCAACCAGCUCGAGCUCGGCUACAUGGCGCUGCGGUACGCGCUCUGGUACGCCGCCUUUGGCCACCUCGGACUCGGCGGCGCGUUCCGGCUCUACGCCUUCUACGUCGCCGUCGGCGGCACCUACAUCUUCACCAACUUCGCCGUCUCGCACACGCACAAGGACGUGGUGCCGCACGACAAGCAUAUCUCGUGGACGCUCUACUCCGCCAACCACACGACCAACCAGUCGAACACGCCGCUCGUCAACUGGUGGAUGGCCUACCUCAACUUCCAGAUCGAGCACCACCUCUUCCCCUCGAUGCCGCAGUACAACCACCCCAAGAUUUGCGGCCGCGUCAAGCAGCUCUUCGAGAAGCACGGGGUCGAGUAUGACGUGCGCACCUACGCUAAGUCGAUGCGCGACACCUACGUCAACUUGCUCGCCGUCGGGAACGCGUCGCACAGCCUCCACCAGCGCAACGAGGGCCUCACCACGAGGGAGAGUGCGGCCGUGCGCGUGACGGGCCACUGAGCGCCGCCCUCACGGCCGCCCGCUCCAGCGGACCGCCCUCCGGUCACGCGGCGCGCGCGCGCCUGGGAGGAGUAAUAAUGCACACACACCAGUCGGUGCGAUGUAGUAGGAGUUAUGGAAGACGUUUCACAGUCAAAAAAAA